AUGUCACAUGUAAAAUCAGGUUGCUCUGGCAUACAUCUCGCGGCUCAGUUUGGCCACACAGCUAUUGUCGCUUUCCUCAUAGCUAAAGGCCAAGAUGUGGAUAUAAGGGAUCAAUAUGGGAUGACCCCUAUCAUGUGGUCCUCAUACAGAGUCAGCAACAUCGACCCAACCCGAUUGUUAUUGACCUUUGGAGCCAACGUUAACCUGAAGGACAACUCAAACGCCAACACAGCCCUGCACUGGGCCUGCAUUGCUGGCAACUAUAUUGCCAUCAUACAUUUGUUAGAGUCAGGGUCAGAUAUAUACAUGGUCAACAAUAAGGGUGAGAAACCUUUGGACAUAUCCAAAAGAUUGAAUGAUAUAAAAAUAAGGGAAAAAUUGGAAAUAAAAGCUGCUGAACUUGGUCUGGAGAGCAGUAUUUCAUUGAAGAUGAAGAUCAAGCACAAUCAAAAAGUUAGAUCAGCAGCGAUCUAUUUGUUACCUGCUUUCUGCUUUAUGCUGAUUGGGCUGACAUUUCAAUGUUCAUAUUCUUGGUGGCUCAAACUCCUCUUCUUCAUAUUGACAUUCUACGUUUGGAAAAUUGUCAAAGAGUUUUUCAUAGGUAACAACCAUCUCCACACGGACAAGUUGAUGCUGUCAUUGUAUCUUGCCACUAAGUUCUGGAUGUACUUCACGUGGAUUUUCUUCUUCUUCACUUAUGUUGACUCUGCACUUCUGCACAUGCUUUUCCUAUUAACAUCAGCAUAUCUCGUCCGCAAUUUCUGGUACGUCUUCAAGACCGACCCUGGUUACAUCAAACAAUCCAUAGAAGAAAAACGUCAGACGAUAUUAGAUCUAUCCGAACGACAGACACUGAACUUCAGUCAGUUCUGCCACACAUGCAUCCUAAGAAAACCACUAAGAUCGAAACACUGUGCAAUAUGUAACAAGUGCGUUGCCAAGUUUGAUCAUCACUGUCCAUGGGUCGGCAACUGCAUCGGAAUGAACAACCACAAAUACUUUGUUGGAUACCUCUUUUUUCUCUUCCUCAUGAUCAACUGGUGCAUUUAUGGCGCAUAUGUCUAUAUGUCGUCAACAUGUUAUUGGGACACAAAAGUGAAUGGACUGAUGUGGACGUUGUACAAUUCCUGCUUCUGUGCGCCGUGGGUGGCCUGGGUUGCAGUCAAUGCUCUUCUCCACUUUCUUUGGGUUGGAAUCCUUCUCGUCUGUCAGCUCUAUCAAGUGGUCGUGCUGGCUGCAACAACAAAUGAAAGAAUCAAUGUUUCCAGCUUGUUUAAAACGUCUUUUGUUUAG